AUCAACAGAGCUGUGGCUCUGGGUUGUUUUGCAAUCUGGAAGACAUCUUACAUCAGUGUGCCGUCAUGUUUUCCAAAGGCCUAUCAGAGGGAUGUGAUGAAAUCAGAAAAGGGAGAUACCUUGUCCUUAUCAUCAAGCGACAGCGACGUAAGAGAAAAGAGCAUUUCUACAGGUUGUAGUAGACUGAACAAAGAAGGAAGCCCAUCUGUGGAGAAAGCUCCCCUGUCAGAGACCGCAAAAGAGAUGGUGAAAAAUGCCUUGCUUCGGAAAUCUGGAGGACAGGACAUUCUUGAAGAGUAUAAAUCCGAAAACACGCUAAAGCACCGCACUAGGAGGCAGCUUGUCAACAUACUGGCAAGUGAUAUGACUGAGAGACAUGGCCGGAUUCCCUCCCGUCAACAGAAGGAGAAGUAUGCGCUGGGAAUCAUUUCACUUUUUCCUGCACUUAAGGAUCCCUUCUCACCAAAAGGAUAUGAGCAUUUUUAUGAUGCACAGAAAGGUACUGGAUAUUUGGCGUGGCAUCUGAAGACAAUGAGCAGGACUACAGCGAAGAGGCCAGCAAAGGAGCCAUCAUUGCCUAAAGACCAAGGACGGCCAAAACGGAGAAAACAAGUGACAACACUGCCUGAGCAGCUUGAUGGUGACGACUGCAGAGAAGCCAUUUCGUUUCUUGUUCACACCCCUGAAGAGGCAAGUGUGCUGGAGAAAAUGAAGAUGACGUUUCAAUAUCGUCAGGACUUGGUGCAUGACCCAGAAAGAAGCGCUGAUGUCUUCAAAACAUUCCCACGUUUCCUGGAUGUCAAAGGACUUGUAAAUCAAGACUUCAACUUGCUGUUUGGUGCUGAAAAAAGUUCCAAGUUGUUGAACAAGUGGGACACAACAUUCAAGCCGAAGAUCAUCAAGAAGGCCACCCAGCUGACUCAAUCAACUGAUCUGCGUCGUCUGUUAAAAGCGGCUGAGAGUCACCCAGAGAGUGAUGAUUGGGACAGUGACAUGGCCACUCUGCUGCUGCUACUUCAUCUUUUGCCUCCCACAGCUGGACGCAAGAAGACCAAGAUCAGCCCAACUGAUGCAGCUGAUAGAAUGGUGCUCUUCAACAAGUCAUGCAGCAGCAUAGAUGAAUGUCUAAAAGAAAGAGAGGGAAAGCAGCCAUUCAUCCUUGCGGUUGGCCGUACCCGUAACAAGAUUGACACCUACUAUGUUGCCGUUGACAAACAGCUCAUUCCAUGCCACCAUACCAGCUCACUGAGUGCAUUUGACGAACUUUUCAAAUGUCACUAUGUCUUUAACCUCUCGUAUGAUGAGUCCCUGGUCCAUCUGUACACGUUUGUACAGACUACUGUAUUCAACAUCGAUGUUUACUCCACAGAUGAGUCACCGCGUGUUUGGGCUCCCAAGGAGAGGGGGGGGUCUCCUUCCUCAGCAGCCAUGUAACUGAAGACCCAAAAGCCACAUCCUCCCCAGAACAGCCGUUCUGUUUAACUCACCUCCCUGGACCUUCCUUACUGCUGAGACAAAGGAGAAGGCAUGAACAAUGAGUCCCUGGCCGGGCCUGACUGACGCACCUCCAGCACAUGGGGGAAAACUCGUCGUCCGGGGAACAUGUCUGGUCAAAUCAGAGUUAAGUCUGCUGUCUUAACCUCAUAAUCAGAUGCAGAAGGAUGGAUCCUGCAUGCCAAAACAGCUUUGUUGUGUUUCUCCUCAGCCUUUACAGGGAAGCGAAACCCAGACGGAGCUCAAAAGCCGGCAGAAUGACCUGCUUUCGAAUGUGAGGAGAAUCUGCUUAAAUCGCAGUGCAUCAAGGCCAGAGACCAGGCAUUCGAUCCCUCCACAUGGUGCUGCUGUUCUUGCUUUCCCGCCAAGAACAGCCAAUAACUUCCCUGCUUUCAGUGCUCCUUCCUGGAAUGGCCAAAGUGGACAAAACUCACACGAGGCAAAAACAGUUCACAAGAAACAAAAUGCAGAAGAGGUUCACCGCUCAGGAGGCAUUGGAACUGAUUCUGAGCAGUGCCAGCCCUUGUGAUUCAGAUGGAGAAGAUAUAGACCUUCAACCGGAUUCGGACUCUGAGCUGUCUUCAGAUGAGGAGACUCUCCCUCUACCAAAAAAGAGAGCUCGUUUGGGGAGUGAGCCGUCAGAGACCGCGAAAGAUGGCACACUGUGGCGUGAAGAACAAGUGGGGACACAUCUCCAUUUCACUCCGAUAGAACCGUACGCCACAGAUGGAGAGCCAAGCGCUAAGGCCAGUCGAAGUAUCCGGAGUCGCCUUCAGAGCUUCCUCUGUUUUAUCACUCUUGACAUGCUUCGUAGCAUUCGAGAAUGGACUACUCAACAUGCACGUCACACGGAGCAGCUGGAUUGGUUCAUGGAUCUCCCGGAACUAAUGGCAUUUAUUUCAGUCAUUAUCUUGUGGGGGUGACCAAGGUUCCAUCACUAUGUGACAGCUGGUCAGCAAACCUGGGAAACCCAAGGAUCAUUGAAACUAUGGCCCGAAACCGCCUCCAAGACAUCAUGCAACACCUACGCUUUGAUGACAUGUUUACACGCAGUGAGCGAGCGGAGACCGAUAAGUUUGCUGCAAUCUCCGAUGUUUGGGGAUCGUUUGUCACCAACUGCAUCGCAUCCUACAACCCUGGUCGACACAUCACUAUUGAUGAACAACUUUUUCCAUCAAAGACUCGCUGCUGUUUCCUGCAAUACAUUGCAACAAAACCGGACAAGUUUGGCAUCAAGUUUUGGGUGGCUUGCGACUUGAAAUCAAAGUACAUCUGUAAUUUCUUCCCAUAUCUUGGCAAGGACCCCAGUCGUCCCAGUGGGGAGAGACUGUCCAAGACUGUAGUGAGGAGGCUGAUGGAACCGUUCAUGGACAAGGGCAGUACUGUAACCACGGACAAUUUCUUUACAUCACUGUCACUUGCACAACGACUGCUUAGCCAGAAAACCACUAUCCUCGGCACAGGCAACAAGAGAUGACGGGAAAUUCCUCAAUCCGCUAGACAGAUGGAUCGCACUGAAUUCACCACUCAGGUGUUUUCAACCACUGGUGCCAUGCUGACGGUGUAUGUGCCCAAACGGAUGAAGGCCGUUUACGUUCUCAGCAGCAUGCACAGCGUGGUCGAGACUGAGGAUACCACCAAAAGGAAGCCAAACACGGUCACACAAUACAACAAAACAAAGUGCGGUGUGGAUGUGAUGGACGAAAUGGUGCGGGAGUACAGCGUGCGUGCAGGAACACGGAGAUGGCCAGUCUCCGUGUUCUACAACAUGAUUGACAUGGCAGCACUGAAUGCACAUGUGCUUUAUCAGGCAUGCAUUGGGGUGCAGGAGAGACGGGUGGACUUCCUGGUUGAGCUCGCCAAAGAGUUGGGUAACUCUCAUGUGAGUGAGAAGAAGGCACACAAGGAGAAACUGCUUCGGCAACAACCUUCCACACCCAGCUCAGGCAAAAGGGCAAAGUGUCAGGUCAACCAUCGAUGCAGGAACAAUUGUGCAACUGUGAGAUGCGUUGACUGCUACAAAUACACAUGUGACAAAUGCACCAGGGUCAUACCCUGGCAGUGCCAGGUGUGUUCCGACAGUGCAGACAGACUGCUGAGUGAGUGCUGAAAUGCCGGUCACACAAGGACAUGCCACUCACACACACGCAGCGUGUGUGUGAGUGGCUAGUGUAAAUAUGUGCCUAGUGUAAAUAUGUGUGGAAUUGUUUUAUUUCUUGUAUUUUUUUGUAUCGUUUUUAAUGACAAAAAUAAAAAGCAUUCAAACAAAUAACUGUUGUUCUUUUGUAUAUUUCUCAUGCUGGAAUUUCAGUCCUCUUGACUUAGACACAAAUACUUCU